AUGAGCGAUCAGUUUAUCCCGGGGGAAGGUUGCAAGAGCUUUGGGAUUCCACUGCGAGUCGGGAUCCACCGGCUGUUUCUCUCCGAACACCACUGGAAAUAUUCCAGGUUACUGGAGGGCCGUGGGGAGAGGAAAUUGUUAGGUAAGAAAGGAGACAAGAGGUCCCCUAACACCCGGCCGGCUUUGCUUCGUCUCCACGAGUACCUCAUGGCCAAUUACUCCAAGGGAGCUCGCCCCGUGCUGGACUGGAGGAAAACCACAACCGUCGCCAUCGACGUGAUGGUUUACGCCAUCCUAAACGUGGAUGAAAAGAACCAGGUGUUGACCACCUACAUCUGGUACCGGCAGUUUUGGAAGGAUGAGUUCCUGGUCUGGGAUCCUGCUGAUUUUGACGAGCUGAGGCAGAUUUCGGUUCCGACUGAAAAGAUCUGGGUGCCAGAUAUCAUGAUCAACGAAUUUGUGGAGCUGGGCAAGUCACCGGACAUCCCAUAUGUUUACGUGAGCCACGACGGCAGAGUGCAGAACUACAAACCCAUCCAGGUGGUCGCGGCUUGCAGCCUGGACAUCUAUAACUUCCCCUUUGACAUCCAGAACUGCACCUUGACCUUCACCAGUUGGCUCCACCACAUUCAGGACAUCAACAUCUCCCUGUGGCGCUCCCCUGAGCUAGUGAUGUACGACAGGAGUGUGUUCAUGAACCAGGGGGAGUGGGAGCUCCUGUACGUGGGGUCCAAGUACAGCAUUUUCAACCUGGGAAACAAGGAGUCAGACGGAUAUUCGGAGAUGCGUUUCUUUUUGGUUAUCAGAAGGAGGCCUCUCUUCUAUGCUGUAAACCUGCUCCUGCCCAGUAUCUUCCUGAUGGUGAUGGAUAUCAUUGGGUUCUACCUGCCCCCGGACAGUGGCGAGAGAGUCUCCUUCAAAAUCACCCUACUUCUGGGCUACUCUGUGUUCCUCAUCAUUGUGUCAGACACCCUGCCCGCCACAGCAAUAGGCACCCCAUUGAUAGGUGUCUAUUUCAUCGUGUGUAUGGCUUUGCUGGUGAUCAGCCUGACGGAGACCAUCCUGAUAGUCAGGCUAGUCCACAAGCAGGACCUACAGCCUCACGUCCCUGACUGGCUCCGGCACCUGGUAUUGGUUAGAGCUGCUGCCCUGCUCUGCCUGAGAGGCAGACACAGGCUCAGCCCAGACCCUCACCACGGCCACCACCCACAGCCUCACACGGACAAAGCAGGCGGAUCGGGUAAGUGCGCGAUGCCCAACCACUUUGAGAGCGAGAGCGUCGCUGAGUGUGAUGGUCAGCGGAGGUCGGUGUCUGGCGUGGCCCCCGGCGACCCCGGGGCCCCGGAGACCAGCAUCCUGCAGGAGAUCGUGGCCAUCCGCCGGUUCCUGGAGAAGCGUGACGAACACCGCGACAUCGCCAAGGAGUGGCUACAAGUGGGCUACGUGUUGGACACCCUCCUGUUCAGGGUCUAUCUGCUGGGUGUGCUGGCCUACGCCAUCACACUGGGCACUCUCUGGGCUGUGUGGCAUUAUGCCUGA